GAUUCAUCGAGUCUCGCAAAGUUAAAAACAUUCUGUUUAUGUUUCACACUUUGAGGGUGCGCAGGGUUGGCCACAUACAUUUUUCGGUCUUCAAAUUUAUUCUUGCUUGUGCAGAAUUCGUUUCCUUUAGUAACUUAACAAGAAUACGGCUGUAUAAUUUUAGCUGAUUUCUGUCUUGCUAUUUGCAUUUGCUAGCUGGCAAUUAUCUGCUAAAAGCAGCGAGCUAGCUGGCUACGCUGGAGAAAGGUAUUGGGGUAAUCAAAAAUUAAGGAACAGUGGACGAGAGAAUGGCGACUGAAGUGGAAUCGCUGAACGCACAUGAUGGGGUGUUCCUUUUGGACGGCGCCUUGGUGGACGGGGAGGUGGACGAGGCCUACGUGGACGACUGCGAGGCGCUGGCGGAGGCGGAGGCCAACGGGAACUGGACGCCGCAGGAGAAGGCCCUCCACGAGGCCAGGCUGAAGGCCAAGGCCAAACGCCGGCUACGCAGGACCUCGUCCCGCGACUCCGCCCGCGAGUCGCUCUCUGACACGCCCGGCGAGCCCGGCUCCGACCCCCACAGCCCCAAGGGCAAGCUCAACGGCAACGACCGCAAGUCUCGGAUGGGCAAGGGGCGGGGCCUGCCCAAGAAAGGUGGAGCUGGCGGUAAAGGAGUAUGGGGGGCGGCAGGGAUGGUGUAUGAGAUGGAGGAGCCUGACGCCAGGGACCCCAACUACGAUGAGUCCUCACAGGGGGACACGGUCUACGCCACAGUGGUGCCAGAGCUGGACGAGCGGGACCUGGAGAAGACGGUCAACCCCAUCGUGCAGGAGUACUUUGAGCACGGGGACACGAGAGAGGUGCAGAUGCUGCUGAAGGAGCUGAACUUGGGGUCCAACAAGUACGAGUUCUCCUCACUGGCGGUGUCUCUGUCCCUGGAGGGCAAGGCAAGCCACAGGGAGCUGACCUCCCGCCUGCUCUCUGACCUGGUGGGCAAGGGGCUGUCCGAGGACGACAUGGCGCGCGCCUUCGACAAAAUGCUGCAGGACCUGCCCGACCUCAUCCUGGACACGCCCGACGCCCCUCAGAUGCUGGGCCAGUUUAUCGCCAGGGCCGUCGCCGACCACGCCCUCCCCAUGGAGUUCCUGGGCCGCUACAAGGGCCGGGUGGACUGUGACCAUGCCAGGGCGGCGCUGGACCGAGCCGCUGUGCUGCUGUCCAUGAAAAGGGAGAUUGUGCGAUUGGACAACGUAUGGGGCGUGGGCGGGGGCCAGAGACCCGUCAAACAUCUCAUCAAAGAGAUGAACCUGCUGCUGAAGGAGUACCUCGUCUCUGGAGAGGUGUCUGAGGCAGAACAGUGCCUGCGGGACCUUGAGGUGCCUCACUUCCACCAUGAGCUCGUAUAUGAGGCCGUGGUCAUGGUCCUGGAGUCCAAAGGGGAGACAGCUGUCCAAAUGAUGGUGAAGCUGCUCAAGGCCUUUUGGAAAACCGGGCUCAUCACUCUGGACCAGAUGAACAGGGGCUUCAAUCGUGUGUACGUGGAGCUGCCAGAUAUCACCCUAGACGUGCCCCACGCCCACAUCAUCCUAGAGACAUUCGUAGACCUGUGUUACCAGGAGUCGGUCAUCACCAAACACCUGCGAGAUGCCUGUCCAUCAAGGGGGCGCAAGCGCUUUGUCAGCGAGGGUGACGGAGGCAAGAUCAAGAACUAGAGAACAGGAGCAAAGCCCCCCCGUUCCGUGCUGCAGGUGGUCCCCUCCCCGCUCAAAACCCAGCCUCCUAUCGCCACCAACCGUUCCCUUAUGCCCACUCCUGCGUCGCCAGUUCACGAGGGGGGUCUGCUCUUUGGGUCUUCGUUUUUCGUUCCGAGGAUUUCGUGGUUUAUGUUCAGUCAGUUGUCUCCUGAUUUUUUUUUUCUUGAGUUCCAACAGGAAAGGUGUUUGUACAAAGUUGAGGGGAAGGAUUUUGGGAUGGUUGGGGGGAGUUUGUUUGUUUAUGCUGCUUCCCUGCACCGGUGCCUGUCUUGUGUUUUUUUUUUUUUGUUUGUUUUGUUCUGUUUUGUUUUGUUCACUUUUUUUGCAUUGCAUGCAUCUUGCUUGUAAGAUUAUGAAGUACUUAUGUUAAAAAAACAGAAUAGCAAGCACUUUCUAUGUCACUCCCUCCUCCUUCGUUACUUUGACUCAAAUCUGUUUCUCUGAGUGAAGACAUUAGUGUUGCCGUACAGAGCGAUAUCCCCGUGCCGGUGUGCUGCCGUGGACAAGCACUGCGCUUCUGUGCGUCAUACUCUCCGUAGGGCAUUUCCCUUGUGCUGUGUGCGUUCUGUGUGUGCUGAUGUCACACCGUCUCUAGGACCAAACUGAGCAUGCUUUGUCCCCACACCCCAGUACUUCCAGACAGAUGCAGGUAAGCUGCAUACAGCCUUAGUAAAAGGUGUUUAUCCCUCGCCUCUUAAAACCACAAUGCAGCUGAUGGGCUGGGUAUAACCAGGACAAAAAGAGUGUGCAACACACACCCAACUGGAAUGAGGUGCUGACUAAUAGUGCGUACUUAAGCAAAACAUAUAUACAUACAUAUAAAAUUGCACAUUCCUGUAGUCUAGCCCUGAUUUUUUUAUUUUAUAGAUGUUUCAACAUUACAUGUUUUCAUCGGGGUUGGUUUAGGUUAAGCAUAACCAAGAUGGAGAAGAAAAAUCGGCUUGUGUAAGGCUACUGUUCAUGACCUGUUGCGCCCCCUGCUUUUGCUGAGCAUUUGCUUGAACUAACUUUCUACGAGCUCAAGAAUAUUACCGUGUGCUAAAAUCAAGCCAAGAUGCCUUUAUUUUGAAUUAGGACCCUUUUACUCUUCACUGCUUGUGCAGCGUCACAAGCUCGGUGCAUAUUUAAAAAAACAAAAUCUUCAAAAAAAAGAAAUGAAAAAUAAACCUAAUUUUGUAUUUCAAAUAUAAUGACAAAGGCCACUCGUUUUUGGAGCGAUGUUUAAGCUCUUGCUGGUCUCAUCAGGAAACCAGGGUUCUGUUAAGAGUGCCAUUAUAUGAACAAAGCACUCAUGCUUUUGAUAACAAUUGUCAUUGUUAAAGAUUGUAGCCAAUGGCUUUUCACCAGAUUAUAACAUCGAUAGUAACAGAAAUGGGGAAAUUCUGACACCACCAUAGUGCUGUUGGUAUUUGUUCAUGGUUUCCCCAGCCAGCGGAUUGGUCAGUGUCCCACGGGUGGGCUGAGACGAUUGGCUAGUGACGCAGUCUUUGCUGUGUGGCUUAAGCUGAGUGUCAUUCUCAGUGGAUCUGACAUUGUUUUUCCUGUUGUCAGUUUCAUUUCUUCCAUUGAUUUGCCAGUUUUUUUCCUCAGUCAGUGUGACUGGUUGGGAAAUACUUUAAUUUCUAUCUGCGUGUGCGUGCACCAAUACCCAUAAUAUGUGAGUGAAAAGCCACCAGUCUUAACACUUUGUGGGGACUCUGUUUUUGUAACCCAUAAUAAAUAAAUAAAAAGCUUGUACCCCACAUAGCUGUCGAAGAUUUAGAGAUCUGAUUGGCUUGAUAAAGGUAUCUGUUGUAACUGUUGGUGAUAACAUUUGGCAUAUGGUUAAUUCAGUGGUGGUGGUUUUGAACCAAACGUAAAUGCCUGAAAUCUGAAUGUUUUAUUGGCAGGUUUUACAUGUUUGUGGCGCGUUUUAAAUCUGUCAGUUUCACUGUUUGAAGGCUUUGUUUCUUGAUCCUUGUUCAGAUGCAGUAUGUUUACGAUGGCAUCUCAUGUGGUAGCCAAAAAUCUCUUGAACCCCUGAAAGCCAUCGUCAUAUCUCUGUAAUGGAAUGGAAAAAUAGCUUUAUUUUGUUGCCAUUUUUCUGUAACUGUUACCCCUGUCUACCAUUGCAAAUACAGUACAUUUGGACAUUGUAAUUAUUUCCAAUAAAAGUUCUUUUUUCACA